AUGCAGUCCUUUCAAAGAGCCACAGCGCGCUCAGCGCGAACCAUACGACCGCGCCCACAACAACAAUCCCGCCGUCACGCCUCGGGCGGCGACACCUUCGGCGGCACCACUAAGAACGAGAACCUGGGUCCCGGCUUCUACGUCACUCUCGCCGCCUUCCCAGCCUCCUUCGCCAUCUUCAAGCUCACACAGGGCGACGACGCGGUCUUCACCCGCUGGAUCCGAGACACUUAUAACAGCUACGCAGUGAAGUGGGCGCAGCGGAAUGAUCUGCACGUGCAGGCGCUUGAGCAGGCGGCGGCAGAUAAGGUGUUGUUUCUGAACGAGAGCGUGAGGGGGCCGCAUCGGCAUGUUGAGUUGAGGUUUCCUGAACAACUCAACAUGGGCUCGCCCUGGAACGUCUCAGCCGGCCACGGGGGCGCGAACAUUGACGAAGCGAUUGCGAAGUUCCAGAAGGACAACUACGAGGCGCAAGAGAGGAAGAUGCAGCAGGUCAGGGAGAACAAGGUGCCCAAGGAGCAGCCAUUUACAACACUGGCUGGGUCGAAUGCCAAGGCACCUGCGGUAAACUCGGCGACACCUGCGGGUGACUAG